AUGGGCAAUCUGAGGAUCUCAGAAUGGAGAAAGCUUCCGGUGACUCUGGCAGAGCUUUGUAUAGAUACUACAUUACGUUGUGGACAAUCUUUUCGAUGGAAGAAAGCUGUAGAUGAAGAUUACUGGUCUUGUUCACUUCAUGGUCGUAUCCUUUCCCUCAAACAAGACUCAACUCAUCUUCAUUAUCGUACAAUAUUUCCUGAAAUCAAAGUGCCAUUAAGUCCUCAACUUUUGGCUAAAAAGGAAGAGCUUGGAGAGGAUGAAGAAACUGAAUCUUUGCUUCGGCACUACCUAAAUCUUUCACCGAAUCUGACUGAAUUAUAUGAGCAAUGGUCAUUAGUCGACCCAAAUUUCAAGAAAAGAGCACCAAAGUUCACUGGGGUUCGUAUUCUCAAGCAAGAUGCUUGGGAGGCUUUGGUGGGAUUUAUUUGCAGUAGUAAUAAUAAUAUUAUAAGGAUUUCCCAAAUGGUCAACAAUCUUUGUUUACAUUAUGGCCCUUUGAUCGGACAUAUUGGUGAUCAACCUUUUCAUGACUUCCCAAAACCUGAAGCCUUGAAUAGUCCAGGAGUAGAGUCACAUCUCCGUGUACUAGGCUUUGGGUAUCGAGCAAAAUACAUUGCGCAAACAGCAUCGAUUGUGGCAUCGAAGCCGCAAGACUGGCUCGAGAAUCUUCGCAACGUAGAGACUUUUAAGGAGCCCUUUGAAGGGGAGAUUCCAGCAGGAGGUCGUCCUGGGUAUAGGAAAGCACAUGAGGAGCUCCUAGAGCUUCAAGGUGUUGGCCCGAAAGUUGCUGACUGCGUUUGCUUGAUGGGUUUGGGGUGGGGCGAGGCGGUUCCAGUCGACACUCACGUCUGGCAAAUUGCUCAAAGGGACUACAAAUUUGGGAAAGGGAAGACCAAGAGUCUCACCAAAGCUACAUAUGAUGCGAUUGGCGAUCACUUUAGAGAUUUAUGGGGUAAAGAGGCUGGCUGGGCACAUUCGGUCUUGUUUGCGGCAGACUUGAAAACAUUUUCUGAUAAAAUUGCCACCAAAGUCGAAGUUAAACAGGAAAAUGGGGAUAGGUUAGAGAAGAAAGUGGCAGUCAAGCGCGAGUAUCCUUCGGAGGAGAUGGAGGUCAAGGAAGAAGAGAAGGUGAUGAUUAAGCGCGAGGGUGGUGAAGAGGAGAUUAAACUCGUGGAAGAAGAAGUAAAAGUAUCCAAGCCAUCGGCAAGAAGUGAAAGAGCGAAAAGGAGGAAGAUUUAA